AUGGCGGAGGUUCCCAGGAGCGGCGCUGUCGGCGGAGGACCGGGUGGAGGGCGAUGGUGGGGGCGCUGUCGGGGGAGACGAGCCGCCUGCACCUCGUGGCCGGACCUGAAUCCCCAGUCUCCGCUCGGCGGCCCCGCUGCAGUUCUGUUCCGCAUCCCCGGCCUCCUGCUCCGGUUCCUCGGAACCACCCGCAGCUGCACGAUGCCGAAACGGCGGCAGGAGGCGGAGACAGAACCUCCUGCCAAGAAGGGUCGAGGUUCAGGCAAGACCAAGACCAAGGACAAGGCCCUGGCCCCAGACCCCGCCGAUGGCACCUUCGAAGACAGUCCGGACCGAUCGCUGACCCAGGAUGGCCAGCCCAGCACCCUGAGGAUCUGCUCCUGGAACGUCGACGGGCUGCGGGCCUGGGUCAAGAAGAACAGCCUUGAGUGGGUCUGCUCCGAGAAUCCGGACGUCCUGUGUCUCCAGGAAACCAAGUGCUCGGAGAAGCAGGUGCCUGAGGAGGUGAAGGGCCUGGCCGACUACCCCCACCAGUACUGGGCCUCCUGCCAGACCAAGGAUGGCUACAGCGGUGUGGCGAUGCUCUGCAAAGCCAAGCCACUCAACGUCACCUUCGGAAUCGGAGUCGAGGAGCACGACGAGGAAGGCCGGGUCAUCACCGCGGAGUUCAACAAGUGCUUCCUGGUCACAGUCUACGUGCCAAACUCUGGCCGGGGGCUGGUGCGGUUGGAUUACCGCAAGACGUGGGACAAGGACUUCCUCGCCUACCUCAAGGGGCUGGAGGGCAAGAAGCCAUUGAUUGUCUGCGGGGACCUCAACGUCGCCCACCAGGAGAUUGACCUCAAGAACCCCAAGACCAACAAGAAGUCGGCUGGCUUCACCCAGGAAGAGAGGGACGACUUCAGCACCCUGCUGUCCGAGGGCUUCGUAGACACCUUCCGGCACCUCAACCCCGACGUUCCUUAUGCCUACACCUUCUGGACCUUCAUGGGCAACUGCCGGGCCAAGAACGUGGGCUGGCGGCUGGAUUACUUCCUGCUGUCCCAGGCUCUGCUCCCCCAGCUGUGCGACAGCAAGAUCCGCUCCAAGGCGCUGGGGUCUGACCAUUGUCCCAUCACCCUGUUGAUGGCCCUCUGAGACCCCGCCAUCCUCGCUUCGCCCUGCUGAUGGCCCUGUGAGACCCCAGUCUGUCCCCGUCAACCUCCCGUUACCUUGAGACCCUAGCGGCCUGUGCCACCAACUUCCCAUCAUCCCGAGACCCCUGUCCUGCUGAUGGAUCUCCAAGACCCUCGCCACCCUCCCUGUCACACUGAGACAGACCCCAUCCAUCCAUCACCCCUCCCCUCGGGUGCCGGGGGGGUUGUCCAGUGUUCAGUCACCCUGUGAGACCCCUCCAUCACCCAGCGACCCUUCCCCAUCACUCCCGUUCAAUCCCCAGAGCCGGGAGACCCUCAUAUUGUUGAAAGCAGGUGGUCAAGAGAAUCUUGCCCAGUUCAGCAGUGGCUUUACCAAGGUAUGCAUCAGGCCCCUUGGGGUACAGUUUACCCGGGGUUCAGUUGGGGCGUGAGGUUGGGGUACGGUUUACCUCAGGGAAUAGUUUGAAAUUGAGGUCCCUGCGUCUGGACAAGUUUCCUGUCGUCACCGAUUCCUCCUUAUUGGGUUUGAUCUCUCCACCUCUUUUAAGCAACAUGCCAGCUGUUUUUUUUUAAACGUAGUUUUACAGGAGCUGCAUUUGUGCGGCUGUGGUCCAGGGAGGCUGUCUGGGAGAGCAAGGUCCUGGCUUAAGUGGAGAUGUCCCCUCUACUCUCGUGUAUCGCAGCACCAGAUGCUGUUCCAGUGGUGCUUUUGCUUGAAAUGUGUUUGGGACAGAAUCACAUUAAUAAAACAGACCAAUUUUUAGA